AUGGCUUCCUUUUCCAACUCCAUAGGUGAAAUUUCAUGGAUUUGUCUCAGCAGUUUUGAUUUCAGUUCUUUAUGCUUUCAAAGGAGUGCAAUAGACACAAUCAACAUACUCUUUCUCUCUGUCUACUUCACAUCUUUGCUUAUCACUUUCAUCACAAAAAGUUCCACAAAUGAAAGCCAUAGAAAAUGCUGGAUUUUCCUUAUUGCUUCAAUCUGUUGUGCUAUUAUUAGCAUUGCAUUUUUCACUAUUGGAUUGUGGAGUAUCGUAGCUAAAUCCGAGCAAGAAUGGUUAGCUUGUUUUAUCAGAGGAAUCAUUUGGAUUUCUCUGAGUGUUUCUUUGAUUGUUCAGAGAGUCAAAUGGAUAAGAAUAUUGAACUCUAUAUGGUGGUUAUGUUCUUGUUUAAUGGUCUCAUCUCUCAACAUUGAAAUUCUAUUCCGAAAUCGUGUAAUUGAGACUUUUGAUAUUGGACUGUGGCUUGUACAUUUUAUUCUUCUAUAUUGUGCCGUUCAAAAUGUUGGUUAUUUGGAUACUCGUAGUGUCGAAGAAGGUUUAUCUGAGCCAUUGCUUGAUGAAAAUCUUGAAACUAAACAAACUGGACUUGGUCAUGCUAGUUUUCUAAGCAAGUUGGUUUUCUGUUGGAUGAAUUCUUUACUUAGUUUAGGUUACUCAAAGCCGGUAGAUCUUGAAGAAAUCCCUUCCCUUGUUUCUGAAGAUGAAGCAAACAUGGCCUAUCAAAAUUUUGUCCGUGCCUGGGAAUCACUUGUAAGAGAGAGAGGAAAGAAUAAUACUAAGAGUUUGGUUCUUUGGUCUAUUGUUAGAAUUUACUUUGGAGAAAACAUAUUAAUAGGUUUUUAUGGAUUAAUCAGAACUGUUUGUGUAGCUGUUUCACCUCUAAUACUCUAUGCUUUUGUUAGCUACUCGAAUAGAUCUGAGCAAGAUCUUAGACGAGGUCUAUCGAUUGUCGGUUUUUUGAUUGUCGUCAAAGUGUUUGAGUCUUUGUCUCAAAGACAUUGGUUUUUUAACUCAAGGAGGUCAGGGUUGAAAAUGAGAUCAGCUCUGAUGGUAGCGGUUUAUCAAAAGCAGUUAAAGCUUUCUAGCUCGGCAAGGACGCGGCACUCGGCUGGAGAGAUUGUGAAUUACAUUGCUGUUGAUGCGUAUAGAAUGGGAGAAUUUCCAUGGUGGUUUCAUAUGACAUGGACUUCUGCGUUGCAACUUGUUCUUUCCGUUGGUGUUCUUUAUGGUGUUGUUGGUAUUGGUGCUCUUCCUGGGUUGGUCCCUCUUAUUAUAUGUGGAUUUCUUAAUGUACCGUUUGCAAGAAUCCUACAAAAUUGCCAGUCACGGUUUAUGAUUGCACAGGACGAGCGUCUUCGAUCGACUUCAGAGAUUCUAAAUAGUAUGAAGAUCAUUAAGUUACAAUCAUGGGAAGAAAAAUUCAAGAAUUUACUCCAGUCACUGCGCGAGAAAGAGUUUGUAUGGUUGUCUAAGACGCAGAUUUUGAAAGCUACUAGUUCAUUUCUUUAUUGGCUGUCUCCUACUGUUAUUUCUGCUGUUGUUUUUAUUGGAUGUGCUGUUACCAAGAGUGCACCAUUGAAUGCUGAAACUAUUUUCACCAUUCUUGCAACAUUGAGGAACAUGUCAGAGCCUGUUAGAAUGGUCCCAGAGGCUCUAUCCAUUAUGAUUCAAGUUAAGGUUUCCUUCGAUCGUCUUAAUAGCUUUUUGCUCGAUGAAGAACUAAACAAUGAUGAUAGUGAAAGAAAAUUCAAGGAAUGUUCUGUUAAUGCCGUAGAAAUACAAGAUGGCAACUUCAUUUGGGAUCAUGAAUCUGUGUCUACGACUUUAUCAGAUGUGAAUUUAGAAAUCAAAUGGAGACAUAAAAUUGCAGUUUGUGGACCAGUUGGAGCUGGAAAAUCAUCACUUUUGUAUGCAAUACUUGGAGAGAUUCCUAAGAUAUCAGGAUCUGUUAAUGUAGGUGGCACUUUUGCCUAUGUUUCCCAAUCUUCAUGGAUACAGAGUGGAACAGUUCAAGAUAAUAUACUCUUUGGCAAGCCAAUGGACAGAGCAAGAUAUGAGAAAGCAAUUAAAGCUUGUGCUUUAGAUAAGGAUAUCAAUGAUUUUAGCCACGGUGAUCUUACAGAAAUUGGUCAGAGAGGGAUAAACCUGAGUGGAGGACAAAAACAAAGGAUUCAACUAGCUAGAGCAGUCUACAACGAUGCUGAUAUCUAUCUCCUUGAUGAUCCUUUCAGUUCCGUUGAUGCACAUACAGCUGCAAUACUAUUCAAUGAUUGUGUCAUGACUGCUUUAAGAGAGAAAACAGUCGUUUUAGUUACUCAUCAAGUGGAGUUUCUCUCAGAAGUUGAUACAAUCUUGGUAAUGGAGGGUGGAAAAGUUAUUCAAUCGGGUAGUUAUGAGAGUCUCCUAACAGCAGGAACAGCCUUUGAACUACUUGUGAGUGCUCAUAAAGAUACAAUUACUGAGCUGAAUCAAGAUAAUGAACAUAAAAGAGGUUCUGAAAAUGAAGUUUUGUCUAAGAAUCAAAGUGAGGGAGAGAUUUCUAGUAUCAAGGAUCCAAUUGGUACACAACUUACACAAGAGGAAGAAAAAGUGAUUGGUAAUGUUGGAUGGAAGCCAUUCUGGGAUUAUAUUCAUUAUUCCAAAGGGACAUUCAUGUUAUGUUUCAUCGUGUUAGCACAUUCUGCUUUCAUGACUUUUCAAACUGCAUCAACCUUUUGGCUUGCUAUAGCCAUCGAAAUUCCAAAAGUAAAUAAUGCCACCUUGAUUGGAGUUUAUACAUUAGUUUGUUUUGCUAGUGCUGCUUUUGUAUAUGUAAGGUCUUACUUGACUGCACUUCUUGGAUUAAAAGCUUCUACUGCUUUCUUCUCAAGAUUCACUACAGCUAUCUUCAAUGCCCCAAUGCUUUUCUUUGAUUCAACUCCUGUCGGAAGGAUUUUAACUAGAGCUUCAUCAGAUUUGAGUAUUUUGGACUUUGAUAUACCUUAUUCCAUCACCUUUGUAGCAGGUGUAGCACUUGAAAUUUUGGUUAUAAUUUGUAUAAUGGUUUCAGUCACAUGGCAAGUUCUCAUUGUUGCUGUUCCUGCAAUGGUUGCAUCAGUAUACAUUCAGGAAUAUUAUCAAGCUACUGCAAGGGAACUAAUACGGAUCAACGGAACAACCAAAGCUCCAGUCAUGAAUUUUGCAUCUGAGACAUCACUUGGAGUGGUUACUGUAAGAGCAUUCAAAAUGGUAGACACAUUUUUCAAAAACUACUUAACACUUGUAGACACAGAUGCUUCGUUGUUCUUUCACUCCAAUGCGGCAAUGGAAUGGGUAGUUUUAAGGAUUGAAGCACUUCAAAAUUUGACUGUCGUCACCGCAUCUUUGUUGCUUAUUCUACUUCCUCAUGGUUAUAUAUCCCCAGGCCUUGUGGGACUGUCUCUUUCUUAUGCUUUUACCUUGACAUCAGCCCAGAUAUUUUGGAGUAGAUGGUAUUCCAACUUAUCAAACUAUACUAUAUCUGUUGAAAGAAUCAAACAAUUCAUUCAUAUACCAGUUGAGCCUCCUGCCAUUGUGGAAAAUAACCGGCCUCCAUCAUCAUGGCCUUCCAAGGGAAGGAUUGAUCUUCAAGACGUGGAGAUCAGAUAUCGUCCUAAUGCUCCAUUAGUUCUUAAAGGAAUCACUUGUACAUUUAAAGAAGGGAGUAGGGUAGGAGUUGUCGGAAGGACUGGAAGUGGAAAAAGUACACUGAUUAGUGCUUUGUUUCGCUUAGUUGAGCCAUCAAGAGGUGAUAUUCUCAUAGAUGGGAUGAACAUUUGCUCAAUGGGGUUGAAGGAUUUGAGAAUGAAGCUAAGCAUAAUCCCUCAAGACCCAACCCUUUUCAAGGGCAGCAUUAGGACAAACCUGGACCCUCUUGGCCUGUACUCAGACGAUGAUAUCUGGAAGGCUAUAGAGAAAUGCCAGCUUAAGGAAACAAUCAGCAAACUACCAAGUCUCUUGGACUCUUCUGUGAGUGAUGAAGGAGGAAAUUGGAGCUUAGGACAACGCCAAUUGUUUUGUCUUGGAAGAGUUCUACUCAAGAGAAACAAAAUUCUUGUUCUGGAUGAAGCUACUGCCUCCAUUGACUCUGCUACAGAUGCCAUUUUGCAAAGAGUAAUCAGACAGGAAUUUGAAGAAUGUACAGUUAUAACUGUGGCUCACAGAGUUCCAACUGUAAUAGACAGUGACAUGGUUAUGGUUUUAUCUUAUGGGAAACUGAUGGAAUACGAUGAGCCUUCAAAGCUAAUGGAUACAAACUCUUCAUUCUCUAAGUUGGUGGCUGAAUAUUGGUCCAGUUGCAAGAAGAAUUCAUUUCCAGAUAUUAGAGGACAACAACAAUAA